AUGCAUUUGGACGUGGAUUUCCAGGAUCGAUACCGCACUUUCACCGCAAGUGAGUCAAAGUUCGGGAACAUCAGCGACUUCUUGAACGGUCUCAGGCAGAAGGGGGUUAAGUGCUGCACAAACAUCACGCCUAUCCUCAGUCUUCGAGAGUCAGACGCCGACCCAUACAUCAAUCUACGUAACUUUUGGGAUGAAGGAGAUAAGCUGAAUCCAGCCACCAAUCUUUUGGUCAGCGACAAAAGGUAUCGGAAUGGUCUUCCCAAUAUCCAGCAGCGUGGAUGGCGAUAUGAUGGCGGUGGAUUCGCAGUGCCGACACAGCUCGAUCCAGCCAACCCCGGUAUACAGAAGAUCUACACAGACUCUGUGGAUGCGCCCGAAAGUGGACUUCGUGACAACUACAACUUCAACGAGAAUUACAACAGUGGGUAUCCAUUUCAUGGAGGCGUUAGCUACGGCACACUUCCUGGAAACGAUACCAAUCUUGGGACCGCCGGCUUUUAUCCUGACUUGAACCGUGCGGUUGCACGCCAAAGAUGGGGUGAGCAGUACCAGUACCUUUUCGACAACGGCCUGGAGUUCGUGUGGCAAGAUAUGACAACUCCUGCCGUUGCAGAGGUUUACGGCGACAUGCUUGGCUUCCCAUCCCGUCUUUUCAUGUCCGAUGACACACCCAACCAAGAUCCGAAAGUCACACCAUUGACUAAAACUGCUAUUGAGCUUUGGGGUCUUUACUCGUACAACUUGCACAAAGAAACGUACAGAGGGCUAAAUAAGCUCAAAGGAAGAGAAAACAAGCGCAACUUUAUCAUCGGCCGUGGUAGCCUUACUGGAAUGCACAGAUUUGCUGGCCUUUGGACUGGUGACAAUGGCAGUUCUUGGGAUUUCUGGAGAAUUUCGGUUGCGCAGGUCAUUGCUCUGGGGUACAGCGGUAUGACAAUCGCAGGAGUUGACAUGGGAGGCUUCACCCCAGAUCCAGACAAGGAGCUCAACUCUCCGCAGUGGUGUGACCCAGAGCUGCUGAUUCGCUGGUACACUGGAGCAUUCUUGCUGCCCUGGUAUCGAAAUCAUUACAUUCAGCAUAACCCCGGCAAGAGUUUCCAGGAACCGUGGCAGUACACAUACGCUUUUCAGAAUUACCCAGGAGCUCUUCAGGGGUCCAGCCAAGAUGUGUAUAACCUCUACAUGUCAGUCGAGCCGAUCUGCCGCUACUACGUCCAACUCCGAUAG